UCUAAAUUUAUCGAUCUAUUUCAUCGUCUGACUAAACAGAGCUAUAUCUACUUAAAUCUAUCCAAUACAUCGAAAUGUUUCUAAACGAAAAUUGUCAAAAUGUCUAUAAACUCUCAUGUAUCUCAUCGAGAAGUACCAAAAAUAUAUCGAUCAUUCGACAUAUCGUUAACAACCAUAUUGUUUGGAUUCACACACAAAAACGUUAAAUCAAUAAUAAAAAAAACCCUUGGUUUUCUGAAGAUCGUCGUGAGGAUCAAAGGGUCUUUCCGAUCACGUGAUGGUCCAACUGUUAUUCGAACUCGAUGAACAUCCCUGAACGUAGCUUUCGUAUCGUUUUCUACAUAGAAAGAAGGGGUUGCGACUCGUCGUGAAGGUUCGUUGCUAUUCGCAGGCUAUCGCGUGUGUGCGUUGCGCGGAACAGGCUACACACAGGGGUUAUAUAUCGUGCGGGAAUCGAGAGCGUCGAAACACGAAGCGAGAUCAGACUGACUUUACGAAAAUCGAUCGGCGCUCAUCGUCGUCGGGUUAGCGACGCCUGCAAAGCGUGUCCAUUGCAACGACGCGGUUACGAGGAAGCACCGCUGGCCGGCUCUCUCUUUCUCUCUCUCUCUCUCUCUCUCUCUCUCGUCUUGCUCCCUAUCUUACUGUCUCUUUCCUUAUCAGAGAACAACCCUCCAAAUGUCGAGAAAGCUUUCACGUUAUCCGAAACGGACAAACGUUUCUUCCAGUCAGUUCGCGAAACAGUGCAAGAGAAUGGUGCUCGCGUAAAAGUUCGCGAAAGGUGAUUCGUCGAAUAUCCUCCCUGUGCGUUCAUUUUUUUCCUUGACGAAAAUCGGGAAACUGAUGAUCGAAGCUCCAGCAAGGUGCUAUAUACGGGGGAAGAAUGUAGAACGAGUACGAAUUCCUUCUCGAAGUGCGGUCAAAGGCUUCCAUCGUGAAAUCUUGACGAGUGUGCAAGAUAUAUUAUACCCACUGUUCACCCUUGAAAGCGGUGAUUUCUGUGGGAGCAUACGAGGGUGUAAGAGAAGCAUAAAAGUGUCCUCCUAAUCGUUAUCGCCAUUGUCGAAGCUCAUCGGUGGUUUAAUAACAGCCGGCGCUUCUACGCUCGUGAAUCGACAAUAAUUUUAAACACGUUUGUACUACGACCUACUAAACUGCCACCCAUCGAGACUCGUCGGGGUUUUGAAUUGCAGUCUUCUCACGCUCUCCAACCUCCUGAGAAUCGAUGUAAGCAAAUGAAUCGAGCUAACUCAAAACGAAGGCUGUAUCUUAUAUUCAGAUUGAUUUGAUUCGACAACAAAAGAAGAAUGCGAUCAAGACGACGAGACUAACGCGAAAGUAUCUCCAUAUCGCUGGUCAAUACGGAAUUCAUUGGAAUUACGAACAAUCCGUUCUCGAUGUACGCUUUAAGCAGAGAACGGGCAGAGGAAAAUCGGCCGAAAAGUUCCUACGGCGGCAGAAUUAAUCGGUGAGCGUGUCCUGCGCCCUGUCCCUUUGUCACUACUCCAGAAAGAGAGAGAUAGCGUGAAAAAGGAGGAGGGAGAGAAGAAGAGAGUCGAGACAUCGUACGUUCGUCGAGGGCAUCGCACACGAAACGGAGGAGGUGGGAGGAGGCCGUCUACCUCUCGACGUGGAAUGAUAAUAAAGGAGAUCCACAGGACAGGCCGGUACGGGGCGACAUUAUGCAAAAAGCGGAUCUGAAUGUACCGAACUCACCCCUUAAACCGUUCCCUCUUGGGAUGGCGAUAGGGGCGCUCGCUGAUAUCGCGAUCAAGCUCAUCAUCAGCGGCUACAUACUUGCUGUAGUCGUGUACGUGAACGCCACCGGGAACUGGGAUAAGGACGAUGAUUUAGUCGCAACUUUUGAAGUUAGUGCCGUUCUUGGACGCACCGCUAGAUUGCCUUGUGACAUUGAACCGUCCACACGUGAAGAUCGCGUAUACAUGGUGCUUUGGUUUCGCGAUGACGCCGUAAAACCGAUUUACAGUUUCGACGUGCGAGGAAGAGCAUUUAACAAAGCUCUGAAUUGGUCGGACAGCACCGUGGUUGGCCCGAGAGCUUACUUCGUUACCGUGACGAAACCAGCUACUCUUUCUCUGGAAGCGGUUCAACUGGACGAUGAAGGGAUUUACCGGUGUAGAGUAGAUUUCAAAAAUUCGCCCACGAAGAAUUUUCAAGUGAACCUCACCGUAAUAGUUCCACCUUAUCAGCUUUUAAUUUACGACAGCUCUGGUGUGGUUGUGGGUAAUACCGCAGGUCCACUUCAAGUAGGCGUCGAGUUUGGUCUAUCUUGCGAAGUAAGAGGAGGCAAACCGACACCGGUGGUUAGUUGGUUGGUCAACGAGAAAGAAGUGGACAGUAAGUUGGAGGAAAUUGGAAAGAACUUAGUCGUCAGUAAAUUAACAGUACCUCAAUUGAGAAGGGAACAUCGUAACACAACUUACAAAUGUCGAGCCUGGAGCACAAAUCUCAUACCUCCAUUAGAAAAGACUAUUCUCCUAGAUGUUUAUCUAAAACCACUGUCGGUGAAAAUUUUAUUAAAACCGACGAUGCUAGAAACGGAGAAAGACUACUCCAUCACGUGUGAGACAACAGGGUCGCAUCCUCGAGCACGAAUUACCUGGAUGGAAGGAAACGCCAUUUAUCACAAUGGCAAAGUGAUCGAUGGUGGUAAUACUUCCGUGGUCUUAAGUACGCUCAUGUUUUCACCGAUUCCUGACGAUCACGGGAAAAUCCUCAAGUGUCGAGGAGAGAACCCAUCACUGCCAGACGCGUAUCUAGAAGAUUUCUUUCAAUUAAACGUAGUUUUUCCACCUAAAGUACAAUUACACUUGGGUAGUACCCUAAAUGCAGAAAAAAUAAAGGAGGGUGACGAUGUAUAUUUCGAGUGCAAAGUUCGGGCUAACCCAGAACACCAUAAAAUUACGUGGAGACACAACGAUGCGGUGUUAACGCAAAAUUAUUCAGCUGGAAUAAUCAUGAGUACUCAGAGUCUCGUGCUGCAAAAGAUAGGUCGAGACAACGCCGGGAAUUACACGUGUCUUGCUAGUAAUGACCGAGGUGAAACUACCAGUCCAGUAGUAACUUUACGAGUACAAUUCGCACCAGUGUGCAAAGCGAAAGAGGUAUCCAUCAUCGGAGCAUCGUUAGAAGAAUCGGUAAAAGUUCGAUGCGAGGUGGACGCUGAUCCCAACGAGGUAGAAUUCGUCUGGGAGUUCAACAAUAGCGGCGAGAAUUUCGAAGUUGCACCAGCGAAAUUCGAUGGUAAUAACGGAACAAUGAGCGAACUUGUUUACACGCCAGUGUCUGAAAGAGAUUACGGAGCUCUAACGUGUUGGGGUAGAAACAUAAUAGGAAAGCAGGAAGCGCCUUGUAUCUAUCAAAUCAUUCCAGCAGUGAAACCAAAUCCUCUGAACAAUUGUACGAUAAAAGCAUCCUUGAAUCAAAGUUCCGAGAUUCUGGAAGUGGAAUGUGUGCCGGGAUACGAUGGUGGAUUAAGGCAAGAGUUUCGAUUAGAGGCGUACGAAGUUCUUACUGGUAAUUUAAGAGUGAAUGCAUCCAGUGUGUCCGCAGACGUACCAGUAUUUAGAAUUGCUGUAGCGGAUCUUCUACCGGCUACACAUUUUUAUCUCGUUACUUAUGCCGUAAACGCGAAAGGAAGAAGCGAAGUGAGUCUGUUGGAGGAUAUAAUGCUAAGGGACUCCGAUAAGCACACGGAUAGCGGAGUAAGCAUGGUUCCACUUAUUCUACUUCUUAUCGGUUGCUUAAUGGCUUUUGGCAUUACUGCACUUUUAGUAAUGUUGAUGAUGUACCGACGCAGAGGUACCACUUCUCCGGUUCAUAUUGAGCCUUACAUGAAACAACCGAUAAUUACUCCUCCGGAUUCGAGGAAUAAUUCGAUGCUUGAUGUUACACACGGGGAUCAUACUUAUUUUGUCGAAUACACGUUGAAACAGGUCACUGACUACGCACUCAACAAUCAACCAGAUAUCAUACAGUCGCCACAAGACCAGGAAAAGAUAAAACGCGAACCACAAUUAUUUUUACCUGUACGACCAGAUACGCUGUUUGCACCGUACGAUAUUCAUAAGCAAGGACUUCAAAGUAACAGAUGCAGCUUGAAUCCAUUCUCUACAAAGUCUUGGGAACCUAUUAGUUUUAAAGCUGAUCGUAAUUUAAUGAAAGAGAUCAUUAUCGCCAACUCUAUACCCGGUCCAGAAAGUUGUGUGUAAAAAGUAUCUGAGAGAACGAAUGAGCGAAACAUAUCAAGAGGACCGAUAUUUCGAAGCCUAAAAAACAAUCGUACCGUAUAAUUGUUAUGUUGGGUACCGAGGAUGAACGUCAAACGAACUGCAACUAGUCUCCUCGUCGAGUUGGUGUACAUUGCACGAAGGAAUGGCAUAGUACGAACAUGACGACGUGUUACACUGCUUACAAGUCAAAUGUCUCAUCAUUGAAAAAUCUAUGGAACUGAAAAAAAAAUCUAGAAAUCGUCAAGACUAGUUGCAUACUAACUAAACGCUACACAUGGUGUAUUAUUCCAAGUUUAAUAUAUUUUGUGUCAAGUCUUA